AUGAGGCUCGCGUGGUACGCUGCGGCCUCGACGGCUCUCGCAGCCAGCGUCGUUACUUAUGCCUUCAACCAGAGGGCCAACUUCUACUCCGCCAUGGUAUAUCUCUCGCAGAAUAACCUUAGCCUUAUGAUCCUUAUCAACUUGGUCCUCCUGAUAUAUGGUACCGUCGUGUGGGGGCUGCAACGACUAUGCUACGGCCAACUGCGACCCGUCGAGAUCGAACAGCUGUACGAGAAGGCCUGGUUCGCCGUGACAGAAACAUGCCUGGCCAUGACUAUUUUUCGUGAGGAAGUUGGAGCAUGGUUUCUAGUCAUGUUCACUGCGUUGGUCACCGGAAAGGUCUGGGAAUGGAUUGGAGAAGGUCGCGUCGAGAUUCUCGAACAGCAACCGCCCGCGAAUCCCCGACUGUUCCACACGAGACUGAGCAUAUCCCUGCUGGUCAGCAUCAUCUACGACACCUGGCUGUUCAUGUACGCGGUCAACACAGUUAUCAUCCAGGCCCGUCCCAACAUGAUGGUCAUGUUCUUGUUUGAGUUCGCCAUAUUGACGACAUGCUCGUUCCGCACCGGAGCUAGAUACAUCCUGUCGCUGGUAGAGGCCGAUAUCGUCCACAAGCAGACCCGCCAGAGGCUGCAGGAACGCCGCAAACAAAUCAGAGAUCAACGAACCGACAUUCUGAGACGGCGCGAGUCGGGCGAUGCUGCAGAGGCAGAAGUUGCCAACCAGGAGGAGUUGCCCAACGAAGAUGAUGUGGACGAGAUGGACAUCGAAGUCUCUGGCUGGGAGUCCAAGGGACAGUGGAUAUUGAGUCUGGACCUCUUUGCAGACUUCGUGAAGCUUGGAGUGUACAGCGCCUUCUUCGCAGUGCUCAUGAUGUUCUAUGGUCUGCCUAUCCACAUAAUGCGGGAUCUGUUCCUGACCACGAGAUCAUUCCUCAAGAGGCUCAGUGCGCUCAUCCGAUACCGCAAGGCUUUGCAAGACAUGAACAGAUAUCCUGAUGCGACUCAAGAAGAGCUAUCCCGCGAGGACACGUGUAUCAUUUGCAGGGAGGAGAUGAGACUGUGGGACCCCAACGUUGCCGGGGCUGUGGAACGAACACGUCCGAAGAAGCUCCCUUGUGGGCACAUCCUACAUUUUGGGUGUCUCAAGAGCUGGCUCGAGAGGCAACAAGUCUGUCCGACUUGUCGGAGGUCUGUUGUCAUCGAUGGAGCAGCCCCUAAUGGCGAUGCUGCUGCUCGAAUGAAUGCUGGGGGGCAACCACCGGCCCCAGGCCAGCCUGGCCACGACCACGGAGCUGCUGAUGGCAACCAACCUCGCCAGGUUCGUCUUAAUGGGAUUAGAAUGUUCCAAUUCGGACCCCUUAGGCUGGGGUUUGCUCAAGGCAACCCCCAGGAACUGGCUCAGCGAAUUGCCUUGCAAGGGGGAAAUGCGCCGGCCCAACUUCCAGCGGUAGCAGCAGCAGCAGUUGUUCCACCGCCCAUCCAAGCUGCUACCCUGAAUGCUGGCGGGAACAGUAUCGCGGAGAUGACUGCGCAGCUCCACGCUAUUUCUCAAAGAUUACAACAAGAAAUGCAAGGCCUUCAAGCGACGCAGUUCGAGCUGCAGACGUUAUAUGCUCUUAUGGGGGAACUUCAACGACUGCGUCUAAGUCAGCAGCAACCUCAACAAGUACCCCCACCAGUGCAGCUCCCGGGAAGUCAGUAUUUCCAACCCCAGCAGCCACUACCACCAUUUUCAACAGUGCCUCAGAUGGCACCCUUUCCAGUUUAUCCUCCUCGAGCCAAUACACCCUCUCUCACGCGACACAGUGCUCCCACUACAUCUGCGUCUAUUCCUGCUGGUAGCCCUGAUCUGCCCGAAGGUGUAGUUAUCCCUCAGGGAUGGACGCUUAUGCCGCUCCAGCGUGUAGAUGGCCAGCCACUGCAAUACUCUGCGCAACCGAGCGGAACCCAGAUGGAAGCUCACGAUCAGUCACACCAGGUAUCCCAAGCCUCAGGCAGUGAAUCUGCACCUGUCCACCCUGAGGUUUCAAGCCACACAACUGGGGAAGAGACUAGUUCCCAUUAUCAUGUUGGACCAAACGAGUCCUCAACAGCACCGUUGCAAAGGCAGACGGAACUCCCUAAGGUAGCUGCUCCCACGCCUGUGGCGCCGAAUUGGGGUGGUGCCGCACAGCUCUUCGCUAAUGGCGGAGCUGGGCCUUCUUCUGCAGUUGGAUCUACAACCGAAACGGAGCCGAAAAACGAUGCACCCAGUGAGAGCCACGCUGAUAGUGAGCCGGAGGAAUCAAGCAGUUGCGAUAAGGGGAAAGCGAAGGCUGUGACCCUCGAAGAAGCGGAGGAUGAAUAG